CCGUCACGCUGGGGAUGGACACCCCGCUGCGGGACGCGCCGGUGAUGCUGCUGGCGCUGGAGUCUCUGGUCACCCUCUCGCUGUUCGCGGAGGUGAUCCUGCGAGCAGUCGUGCUGGGGAGCGAGUACCUGCGCUCGUGGUCCAACCUGCUGGACUCCCUCGCGGCCGCGGCGUCUGCGGCCCUGCUCUUCUGGGCCGCGCCCAGGGCGUCCCGGAGGCGGGACUUCGAGGGCCAGAAGGAGGACGUAGAGCUGAGCCAGUCGCUGGUGAUGGCGCGCAUCAUCGUGCAAUUCUGCAGGCUGUUGCUGAUUGCGCAGCGCGCGAAGCGCUCCCACCAGGCCAGCGGCGCGGACCGUCACGUUCUCCAAGAUGGUCGGCGGGGGCGACUUGGGAGUCGACCUGGACUUCGGGGCGGUGCGGGAGCGCCAGCUCCAGGAGCAGCGUCGAGAGGAGGACUUCGGGCUGUAGCCCUGCUGGCACGCAUGCGUCUGGGGCCCGCCCCCGCUGCUCUCUGGUGCUUUUCCCUGCCGGUGUCUUCUUUCACCUGUGCCCCUCAUGCGCGCGCACUUGAUGCGAGCACGAGGAGUGGAUCGAUGCGGCA